CACGCCCCUUCGACACGCUGCUGGGCCCCGCCUCCCACGUUUGGCCCAGGGAUUGACUGACUGGUCGCCUUCCGGUCGCUCUUGGUGCUCCGAAGAAGAGCUAUGGCUACUUUCCGAUUGGCCCUCAUCCAGCUUCAUGUUUCUUCCAUUAAAUCAGACAACGUUUCCCGGGCUUGUAGCCUAGUACGGGAGGCAGCAAAGCAAGGUGCCAAAGUAGUCUCCCUGCCGGAGUGCUUUAAUUCUCCGUAUGGAACAAACUAUUUUCCUGAAUAUGCGGAGAAGAUUCCUGGCGAGUCCACCCAGAAGCUUGCCGAAGCAGCCAAGGAGAAUAGCAUUUAUCUCAUUGGAGGCUCCAUCCCUGAAGAGGAUGCUGGGAAGCUGUAUAACACCUGUGCUGUGUUUGGGCCUGAUGGGAGUUUAUUGGUAAAGCACAGAAAGAUCCAUCUGUUUGACAUCGAUGUUCCUGGGAAAAUUACAUUUCAAGAAUCUAAAACAUUGAGUCCUGGUGAUAGUCUCUCCACAUUUGAUACUCCUUACUGCAGAGUGGGCCUGGGCAUCUGCUACGAUAUGCGCUUUGCAGAGCUGGCACAAAUCUAUGCACAGAGAGGCUGUCAGCUCUUGGUGUAUCCUGGAGCAUUCAAUUUGACCACUGGACCAGCCCACUGGGAGUUACUCCAGCGAGCCAGGGCUGUUGAUAAUCAGGUGUACGUGGCUACAGCCUCUCCUGCCCGGGAUGACAAAGCCUCGUAUGUGGCCUGGGGACACAGCACUGUUGUGGAUCCUUGGGGACAGGUCCUGACCAAAGCUGGCACUGAGGAAAUGAUCCUGUACUCAGACAUAGACCUGAAGAGGCUGGCUGAAGUUCGGCAGCAAAUCCCCAUUUCAAAACAGAAAAGAGCAGACCUUUAUGCAGUGGAGGCAAAGAAGCCCUGAAGUUUGUGUCUGACAUGUCUCUAUACUCAUAUACACUAUAUGACGAUCAACUUUACUAAAUCUCUUUUUGGACAGUGCUGGUAAUUGACCCCAGUCUUACACAUGUUAAUUCUUCCACUGAUAUGUAUCAGAACCCCCUCACUGAAUUAAAAAUUUUCUUUAAAUCUG